AUGACAUAUAACCCCCUAGUAACAGAUAUCAAUAUUUUAGACAACAACUUAACUCAAAUAUUUAGGGACUCAGAAGAAUGGCUUACACUAGAAUAUUUUCUGCAAAUGAAUGCCAGAACUUCUCGAGUGAAGUUGGUGCAAGCAUGGCAUGUAUCACCUGCACAUGUCAUAAAUAAAUUUGAAAAACGGAACUCAGAUAAGCUAGUUUUAAAAAGUUUUAUUGAUGCAUCAGCAUUAGAUAUGGACAACACCAUUCAGGAUAUUUGCACGAGGGGAUUUUCCAUCUCAAAAAGGGGCCUCAAAUUGUCUGUUGGGAAUUUUAACAUACCGGGAUUCCCGCUGACAUCACUGCUAAAAGGAAACGUGUUCAAUGAUUCUGAUGAACUUGUAUUUGAACAAAAUGAAAUGAAUAGAGGGAAAAAGUCAUUAAAAAAAAUUAUAGAACAUAAUGAAACUGUUUUGUUAUCAGGAGAAAGGGGAGUCUUUGAAUUUCUUUUAUGUGAUGUAGGUGUAGGUUUGUCUUUAUCUGUGAACGAGAAUGAGGUUUCCACAUAUAAUAGGGACACAUUACCUAUUGUAUAUGACAGCUUAUUUAUAAAAAAAAAAAAAGAUAAGGCAUUAGAUGAUUCGUUGACUAUUCAUUACAAAAGCAGAGAAAAUGAAAACAAUGAAAUUAGUAAAAAUGGCGAAUAUAACGAAAGGAAUAAACACUUCCAGAGUAUGCAAAAUGGUCCAAAUAGUCAAAAUCAUCAAAAUAACGAAAACUGUAAAGAUAUCAACUUAGCUUUAGGAGGUGCCAUUAUGCCAUCCUAUGGGGUAUUACCUUAUUAUACAUUCCAUCAUGAGUAUGUUAUUUAUGAUAGCUCACAACUCUUACCUCGUUACUUGAUUCAAUUUGAAUGUGACCCAUGUGCAGAUGAACACUUCUCUCUUCCUCUGUGUGAUUACUGUGGAAAUGCUCCUUCGAUAUUUUAUUGCGAAUCAGAUGAAGUAAAGUUAUGCGAAAAGUGCGAUAUGAUUAUACAUUCUCAAAAUAAACUAGUUAAAAAACAUAUAAGGAAAACAUUAAAUGAAGCAGAAAAACUUCCUGGAAAAUGCAGAGUUCAUUUGUAUAAUGAUGUAAAUAUGUUUUGUACAAUUUGUCAUAUUCCUAUAUGUAAUUUAUGCAUUAGUAGCCAUGCACAUACAGAUUUAUCAAGUGAGAAUUUCUUUAAUUUAAAUAACAAUACAGAUACUAUUAUUUCAUUAAAUAUGGCAUAUCAAGCUAUAGUACAACAUAGCAGUAAACCAUCAAAUCUUAUUAAACAAAGAAAAAAAAAUUUAAAUGAUAUGCUAAGCAAAAUUGAUAAAUUACAUGAACAAGUCAUGUUAAACAUUAACGAUGCAGAAAAAAAUGUUUAUACCAUACUUGAAGACUUAGUAAAACAAUUACAUAUAGCAACAGAUAAAAAAAUGUGUUCAGUUUUAAGUGAGGAAUAUGAAUUAAAAAGACAAUUUAAUGAAAUUAUGUGGAAUGAAAAUUUUAUAUAUUUCUUACAAACAAUUCUCCCACCUGCUGAUUUCAUGAAUGCAUGGUUAAAACAUUGCCUGUGCAGGGAGGACAUUGAAAAAAAUUCCCAGCACUCGGAAAAAAUGCACUCGUUAAUAUUUCCGGACAUGCGUAUAAAAGGAAACAUAAAUGUUGUUACAGAAGGUUCGAUAGAGCACGAAAUGAUGUAUCACUCGGGUGAAAGUUUAUGCGUCCCGAUGGAAAGCAAGGAAGAAAGGAAAGACAUAAGAUAA